ACUUCUGGACAUCAUCCAUGGAAAGGGUGAAAAUGUGUGUCGAAAUUUUCUUAAUAUGCUGAAAAUCGAUGAUGUGAAUGAAUUUUCUCCUGAACUCAGAGAAUGGAUCAAAGCAGUGGACACUUCAGAGAUGGCAAACACUGCGGGACAAUCAGGCACCCAAGUAAUAAAUUAUCAAAAGUUUCUGAAAGCAAACACCAGUCAGUUGGUUCAAAAUGUGAAGAACAUUGAUGCAAUCAUUGAUGAUCUUAACUUGCACAAUGAAUCAGUUGCAAAUGUGAGAGCGCAAGCAACAGGCCAGAGGAAGAUGAGGGAACUGCUGGACUGUGUGAAUUGUGAAAGCAUUGCCAAGGAUGUGGUCAACGCUUUGUUCAAGCAUGAAGAACCUCUCAUGAAGUCCCUGCAAUAUUAA